AUGGAAGAUCCUCCUGCAGAAAUACAACCAGACCUGAACCUUUUGUGGCACAGCAAAGCUGGGGUGCCAGCCGCCUUUGCUACUCGCGUGCCCAAGGCGGUUGAACCUGUGAAUUUGCACCCGCCAAAGAUGCAGGCUCCAGGGAUUGGAUCAACACAUCCCAUUUUACCAGUCCCGCCCAUGUUGCCGAUGAUGCCGCCUCCUUUGCCAUCAAUGCCGUCGACGCCCAUGACGCCGGGGAUGGCCCACUUACCCGCCUUAGCGAUGCAGCCAGCGAUGCCAACGAAUGCUCCCGUUGGAGCUUUUCCAGCACCUCUCACAGCUCCAACAGCUCCAACAGCUCCAAGAGCUCCACCUCCACCGGCUCCACCGGCUCCAGCAGCUCCAGCUGUAGCAUUUUCGGGUGCCCUGCCACGACCGAAGCAUGGUGGACAUACUCUUGAUGCUCACUUAGAGGUGGCCAGGCUGGCGCAGGCUUGGCUUGAUCGAGGUUCUCGGGCUGAGAAGGACAAAUCUGAUAAGCGCAGAAUAAAGCGGAACAAGGCAGAAAUUGACCCUUACCUUCCUCCAAGAGAGCCUGCACAAGAGGAUGAUCCAUAUUCGGUGAUGCUUGCAGAGGCAGAAGCUGAAGAUGCUGCAGAGCUUCCGGAGAUGCCACCUCCGACAAGCAUUUCUGCUCACAAGCGGAAAGCUUCUCAAACGGAUGCGCUCUCGCUUUCACCGCCAGGCCGUCCAGCUAAAGUUGCCGUGAUUGAGGCUGAAGCAAAGGCCGAGACGGUGAAGUCUGACUCAUCAGAAGCUUCAGACUCUGAAGAGGAGGAAUCUGAAGAGGAGGACGCGGAAGAUGACGACAUCGAGGAAGUUCCUGCUGAGGUUGGAGAUGGGGAAGCUGCCAGGCUGGAACUCUUCAAGCUGGGUGCCAAAUGCUGUAGCGUGGUUGCUCACUUUGUGGGUGGUCAAAAAGCUUCGCUUCCUGAGAACCGAAGGUUGGAUAUCGACCAACGUGUUCGCUUGGAGCACUGCCGGAAGCAUUUGCAGUGGGCGGGCGACCUUGCUACGGUAUGGCACUUGGCUUUGUCCGAUCUGCGGGAGAAGGUUGCCUGGACAACGUUAUGUACAUACUUUGUCUCCCGCAAGCGUGUGGGAUUAGCAGAGCUAAAGGGAGGCGUUGUGUACAUCGUACCUCCAGAUGAUACCUUUCUGUCAGAGCUGGGUCUUCCUGCUGCUGCGGAAACCUUGGCUGGAAGCUUGCUGGGGUUGCAGGUGCGCACUAGUGAGCUUCCAACGGAGGAAUCCUUGCAAGAGGAGGUUGGCUUGAAUGAGAAAGAGGUUGCCAAAGAAGCGUCGCAAUUAUCGACCUAA